CUUUUCCUAAUAUCUUUACCUCUUCCUCAACUCUCACUUUCUUCCAAAGUUUUUACAACCAAAAACUUCCACCACUCUUUCUCUCCCUAUAUCUCUUUCUUUUCUCUGUUUUUCUCUUUCUCUUUGUUUUUUCAACAAGCAUGAAUUCCUCUGUUAUGAACUCACAAAGUGUUAUCUUAACAACUGCCAUGGCUGUUUCUGGAGCUGUAAUAUUUCUCUCUCUUUCUCGUAUCAGAAAUUCAACUUCUCAUCUUCCAAAUCAUCUACCUGCUUCUUCUUUACGUUCUUGUUUAUCUUCAGAUGAUAAAAAAAGAGAGAAGAAGAAGAUGAAGAAAAGGGUGAAAUUUGCUGAUAAUGUUAAGGAUAAAAAAAGUGAUUUUACUAAUAUUAUUACUCCUGUAAAUGAGAAAAAAAUGAAGAAAGUUGAGAUUUUUGAAGAUGAUAAAAAAAAAAUCCCAGAAUUUCGUCGAAUGCCAGCUAAUCGAGCUGCACUUUACCAUGGAAUUUUGAAGGAUAGGGUUCAUAGAGUUGAAUGUUCUUAUUGAUUUUUUUACCAUAUGUCCUUAUCUUUAAAUUUAGAUUUCAGGUUAACAAAUUUAAGGUCAUCUUUAGUUUUUUUAUUUUUCUUGAUGUUUGGAAGAUAACUUCUAUAGUUUUUCCAUAGUUCUAUAUAGAUGGUAAAAGUAGAUAGUAGUGUAAAAAUUCUGUACAAAUGAACUGUAAAUUGCGAGAAAGUCUAAUUUUAUUAAACACAUAACUUGUUACAA